AUGAAGGGUGAGAUUGAAGUUAGAGACGCUUCAAAGGAGUCGCUGGUUGUGUUCAGCACAUCAAUACUGAACGCGACAGAUAAUUUCGGUGGGAUGCCACUGAAACGUUGCACUAACUUAUUGCCGACCACAAAUUUAAUCCAAGUUAUUUUGAUCUUACUCCCAUUGAAGGAACAAAAUCAAGGUGACGCCCCUACUGAAGGCAACAAUGUGGGAACAGAAUGUGUAAUGGACUAUAGUGAUCAAUUCACAACUUAUUCGAUAUUCAAUGGUAGAGAUGCAUUACUUCAAUGGGCUCGUGAACAAGGAAAAUUGAAUAAUAUUGUCAUUGUAAUUAAAAGGUCUGAUUAUGGAGGUGAGGGCAAGAGGAGACCUCGUGUAAUACUUGCUUGUGAGAGGAACGGUAACUAUAAGUCUUGCAAGUCUAGUGAGACAACUGAUAUAAGGUUGGAUGCAAAUAGUGAUAUGAAAAAAUGUGCUAGGGACACUGGUACCAAGAAAUGUGGAUGCCCAUUCUUGUUAAAAGGUGUCAAUAUUGGGUGA